CGAGCGCGCGGCUGGCCGGCUCCCGUCCCGCGCCGUCGCGUCCGCCCGGGCCGCAGCCAUGGCCAAGCCGCUGAGCGACCAGGAGAGGCGGCGGCAGAUCAGCAUCCGCGGCAUCGUGGGCGUGGAGAACGUGGCCGAGCUCAAGAAGGGCUUCAACCGGCACCUGCACUUCACGCUGGUCAAGGACCGCAACGUGGCCACGCCCCGCGACUACUUCUUCGCGCUGGCGCACACCGUGCGCGACCACCUGGUGGGCCGCUGGAUCCGCACGCAGCAGCACUACUACGACAAGUGCCCCAAGAGGGUUUAUUACCUCUCCCUGGAGUUUUACAUGGGCCGAACUUUGCAGAACACCAUGAUCAACCUCGGCCUGCAGAAUGCCUGCGACGAGGCCAUCUACCAGCUUGGCUUGGACAUGGAAGAGCUGGAAGAAGUGGAAGAAGACGCUGGACUUGGCAAUGGCGGUCUCGGGAGGCUGGCUGCCUGCUUCUUGGACUCCAUGGCCACGCUGGGGCUCGCAGCCUACGGAUACGGCAUCCGAUAUGAGUACGGCAUCUUUAACCAGAAGAUCCGAGAUGGGUGGCAGGUGGAAGAGGCAGAUGAUUGGCUCAGGCAUGGAAACCCCUGGGAGAAGGCCCGCCCUGAGUUCAUGCUGCCCGUGCACUUCUACGGAAAAGUGGAGCACACCCAGACCGGGACCAAGUGGGUCGACACCCAGGUGGUCCUGGCCCUGCCUUAUGACACCCCAGUGCCCGGUUAUAUGAACAACACCGUCAACACCAUGCGCCUCUGGUCUGCUCGGGCGCCCAACGACUUUAACCUCAGAGACUUUAACGUUGGAGACUACAUUCAGGCUGUGCUGGACCGAAACCUGGCGGAGAACAUCUCCCGUGUCCUCUAUCCCAACGAUAAUUUUUUUGAAGGGAAGGAGCUCAGGUUGAAGCAGGAGUACUUCGUGGUGGCUGCCACUUUGCAGGAUGUCAUCCGACGCUUCAAAGCCUCCAAGUUCGGCUCCUCCAGCAGUGCGGGAGCUGUGUUUGACGCCUUCCCUGAGCAGGUGGCCAUCCAGCUGAAUGACACCCACCCUGCACUCGCCAUCCCCGAGCUCAUGAGGAUUUUUGUGGAUAUUGAAAAGCUGCCCUGGACCAAGGCCUGGGACAUCACCCGGAAGACGUUCGCCUACACCAACCACACGGUGCUCCCGGAAGCGCUGGAGCGCUGGCCUGUGGAGCUGGUGGAGAAGCUGCUCCCGAGACACCUGCAGAUCAUCUACGAGAUAAACCAGAAGCACUUAGACAGAAUCGUGGCCUUGUUCCCUAGAGACGUUGAGCGCCUGAGGAGGAUGUCUCUGAUCGAAGAGGAAGGAGGCAAAAGGAUCAACAUGGCCCACCUCUGCAUCGUGGGCUCCCAUGCCGUGAACGGCGUGGCUAAAAUCCACUCGGACAUCAUCAAGACGCAAGUAUUCAAGGAUUUCAGUGAGCUAGAACCAGACAAGUUCCAGAAUAAAACCAAUGGGAUCACUCCGAGGCGCUGGCUCUUACUCUGCAACCCGGGGCUUGCAGAGCUCAUAGCGGAGAAAAUCGGGGAAGACUACGUGAGAGACUUGAGCCAGCUGACCAGGCUGCACAGCUUCCUGGGCGACGAUGUCUUCCUGCGGGAAAUUGCCAAUGUGAAGCAGGAGAACAAGCUGAAGUUCUCCCAGUUCCUGGAAAAGGAGUACAAAGUCAAGAUCAACCCCUCCUCCAUGUUCGACGUACACGUGAAGAGGAUCCACGAGUACAAGCGGCAGCUCUUGAACUGCCUGCACGUGAUCACCAUGUACAACCGCAUUAAGAAAGACCCUAAGAAGUUGUUCGUGCCAAGGACGGUCAUAAUCGGUGGCAAAGCUGCUCCCGGGUAUCACAUGGCCAAAAUGAUCAUAAAGCUGAUUACGUCAGUGGCACACGUGGUGAACAACGACCCCGUGGUUGGAAGCAAGUUGAAAGUCAUCUUCUUGGAGAACUACAGAGUGUCUCUUGCAGAAAAAGUCAUUCCAGCCACAGAUCUGUCAGAGCAGAUAUCCACUGCAGGCACCGAAGCCUCGGGAACAGGAAAUAUGAAGUUCAUGCUGAACGGGGCCUUGACCAUCGGGACCAUGGACGGAGCCAACGUGGAAAUGGCAGAGGAAGCCGGGGAAGAGAACCUAUUCAUCUUUGGCAUGAGGGUGGAGGAUGUGGCUGCUUUGGACAAGAAAGGGUAUGAGGCCAGAGAGUAUUACGAGGCCCUUCCGGAACUGAAGCUGGUCAUUGACCAAAUCGACAAUGGCUUCUUCUCCCCUAAGCAGCCGGACCUCUUCAAAGACCUCGUGAACAUGCUGUUUCACCACGACAGGUUUAAAGUCUUUGCGGACUAUGAAGCAUAUGUCAAGUGCCAAGAAAAAGUCAGCGAGCUGUACAUGAACCCAAAGGCCUGGAACACCAUGGUACUCAGGAACAUCGCUGCCUCGGGGAAAUUCUCCAGCGACCGAACCAUUAAGGAGUACGCCAGGGAUAUCUGGGACAUGGAGCCUUCGGAUCUCAAGAUUUCCUUAGCCAGUGAACCUAGCAGUGGCCUGAACACAGCUAAUGGGAAUUGACGUGGAAGCUGUCUCUACGAAAAACAGCUUCUUAACUGAAUGUGAAGAUUUUUACAACAUUCACUGAUUUUGUUUUCUUUUGUUAGCUAAUGAUCUAGUUAAGGGAAGAGGAAGAAAAGGAUGAUAGGGCUGAUAAUAAAGUGUCAAUUUCCAGGG